AUGGAAUUCUUGGAGAUGGAAUGGGAAAGAAAGCGGCACCGGGAGAUGGAGGAGCGGCUCAGACAGUUUUGCGAGUGGCGGGAGUGGCAUGAGGACCGGAACGGACAAUGGCGACAGUGGCAGGAUGAGAUGUUGUGGGGCAAGAACAAGGACAAGGCCAUAGCAAAGGGCAAGCGCAUGGGCAAGGAAAAGAGCAAAACCAAGGGCAAGAGCUAUGAACAAGAUGAAACCUAUGAGGCUUGGUUCCGCCGCUGCGAAGAAGAGGAAGAAGCCUCACUUUUGGAAGAUGGGGCCGAAGACACGGGCAGGGGGCAGGGUAAACGCAGCAGCAAGAGCUGGUUCCGCCGGCUCGAAAAACCCCAACUCUUCGAAGCUGGGGUGAAGGGCAAGCGCAAGGGCAAAGGCAAUGGCAGUAGCUAUGAAUAUGACAAAACGCAUGAAGCUUGGUUCCGCCGCUGCGAGGCAGAGGAAGAAGCCCUGGUUUUCGAAGCUGAGGUCACGGUCACAGGUCAGGGCAAAAGCAAAGGGAAAGGCAAGAGAUAUGAGGAACAAAAUGUAGCCUACGAAGCUUGCUGGCGCCGCUGUGAAGAAGCACGACUCUUCGAAGCUGGGGUGAAGAGCUAUGGAGAAGAUGAUGGAGAAGAUGACGAAACCUAUGAGGCUUGGUUCCGCCGCUGCGAAGAAGAGGAAGAAGCCUCACUUUUCGGACAUGGGGCCAAAGACAAGGGCAGGGUCACAGGUCAGGGCAAAGGCAAAGGCAAAGGCAAAGGCAAAGGAGGCAAAGGCAGCUGGCGCCGCUGCCAAGAAGCACGACUCUUCGAAGCUGGGGUGAAGAGCUAUGGAGAAGAUGAUGGAGAUGAUGAUGAAACCUAUGAGGCUUGGUUCCGCCGCCGCGAAGAAGAGGAAGAAGCCUCACUUUUCGGACAUGGGGCCACGGUCAAGCGUAAGGAUCAGGGCAAAGGCAAAGGCAAAGGCAAGAGCUAUGAAGAAGAUGACGAAACAUGCGAAGCCUGGUUCGGCCACUGCGAAGAAGCCCGACUCUUCGAAGCUGGGGUCAAAAGCCAGCGCAAGGGCAGGGGCUAUGGAAGAAGAUGA